AUGGCAGACGUGGGGGUUGACAAGAUUAUUGAGUCUCCUGAGGUUUUGCAGGCCCAAGGAAAUGCCCUUGAUGGUUCCCUCGAAGCUGGGCGUGAAGAGGAGGAGGAGGAGGCCGAGAUUGCUAGAGUUGAGCGCGUGUAUAGGAAGAUUGAUCGUCGCAUUAUCCCAGCUUUUUGGAUACUUUAUUUCCUAUGCUCUGCAAUCCGUUCCAAUGUCGGCCUGGCGCAGACUAUGAAUAAAGAGGCCGGGCAUUCCCUCCAGCAAGUAUUGAACCUGACUGCAAAGCAAACAUCCACUGCUCUGGCCCUCUUUUACGUAUCUUACGUCCUCUUCGAUUUCCCCUCCAAUCUGGUUAUGACGAGGCUCAGCCCCAGAGUAUGGAUGUCAAGAAUUGUUAUCGCCGUGGGAAUCAUCGGGUGCUGUUUUGCUGCAGUUAAGGCUGCUUGGAGCCUGCUCCUUCUCCGCUUCCUCCUGGGAGUAGUAAUUGCUGGCAUGUGGCCGGGCAUGGCUUAUUAUCUGACUCUUUUCUAUCCGCCUUCCCGAACGGGAAAGCGGAUUGGUCAGUAUUUCACUGCAGCGCAGGUAUCCGCUGCAGUUGUAGGCCUCGUCUCUGCCGGGUUUCAAAAGAUGGAUGGUCUAGGCGGUUUGGUCGGAUUUCAGUGGAUGUUUCUCCUCUAUGGCUUGUGUGCCGUUGUCCUGGGAUUCGGGCUGCUGUGGUGGUUGCCAGACCGCCCUCUGCCGCCUGGAGAGGAGCGAGUUCCAUCUGGUAUCAUGAAAUGGCUGCCUGCAACCCCUCCAGUCCUCAAGGGUGAGGAUGCUGAAAUCCACUAUCGGGACUUGACCCGGGUGUAUCACGCGCGCCCCUGGAAUUUGAAGGACCUGGCCAUGGUCUUGAUAGACUGGCGCCUUUGGCCCUUGACACUGAUGUACUUUGGGGUCGUUGGUGUCGGCAUUGGCACCCAACUUUAUGGAACAGUCAUCAUAUCCGGGAUCGAUGCAAGCUUUUCUGGAGUUACUCUCAGCUUGCUGUUCGCUCCCAUCUGGGUGAUGGACUUAAUCGCAAUCCUCCUCGUGACCCCCAUCUCCGACCGCUUCCACCAUUACCGGGCCUUCUUCUUCUCCGCUGCUGUCUGUAUCCAAAUCGCUGGCCUCCUUACAACCACGUUCGCCCCAGUUUCUCGGCCCUGGGCUCGUUAUGGUGGCCUGCUCAUGGUAGGCUUCGGACUCGGCCCAACCGUCCCAAUCUGUAUGACCUGGACCAACGAGAUAUUCCAGCGACGGCACGGAGAAGUAGGCGUCGCAACUGCCUCCGCACUUGUCUCUGGGCUUGGCAACCUAGGUAGCAUCAUGACUACGUAUGCAUUGUAUACUGGCUGGCCUGAGGACGCCAAGACCGGUCCGCACCAAUACCGGAAGAGCAACCUGACCAUGAUCGGAAUUCUUUGCCUCAGUAUCCUGAGCAGCUUCGUUAUGACUCUGCUUCUUAAAUUUGUUGGCAAUAAACCUAGCGGCAAGGUCAUCAGCAGUGGAAACUCUGCUACAGAGGAGUUCCAAGAUGGCGCCGCUAGACGCGAGCAGAAGCAGAGAGGCUUUAAGAAGAUGUGGUGGAGCAAGUAA